GAAGAAUGUUUUGAAGGACCUCAUCUGCAAACGAUAAAAAUUUGAACGGAAAAAAACAUUACGAGUUUUCGCGCUUUGCUUCACUCGUUCGAAUUUUGAGAGGUUCUAGGGUUCGGUUCAAACAUUGGAGAUGACAAUGGUGAACGAAGAAACUCGACCCUCCGAUGUAAUCGAUCCUCUUGCUGCUUAUUCUGGUAUCAAUCUCUUUCCGACCGCAUUUGGUACUUUGACGGAUCCGUCAAAGCCACAUGAUCUUGGAACAGACCUCGACGGCAUCCACAAGCGCCUCAAAUCCAUGGUGUUAAGGAGUCCCAGUAAACUAUUAGAGCAGGCCAGAUCAAUAUUAGAUGGCAACUCAAAAUCGAUGAUAUCUGAAGCUGCUACAUUUCUCGUGAAGAAUGAGAAAAAUGAGGCAGCUUCUGUGAAGGCAGAGGAAAAUCCUCAAGAAAGAAGGCCGGCCUUAAACCGAAAGCGGGCUAGGUUUUCUUUAAAACCUGAUGCUGGGCAACCUCCUGUGAACUUGGAACCAACAUUUGACAUCAAACAAUUGAAAGACCCUGAGGAGUUCUUUUUGGCCUAUGAAAAGCAUGAAAAUGCCAAAAAAGAAAUCCAAAAACAGAUGGGAGCAGUUUUAAAGGACUUGAACCAACAAAAUCCAUCGACAAAUACACGCCAGCGUAGACCAGGGAUUCUUGGGAGAUCUGUUAGAUACAAGCAUCAAUAUUCAUCAAUAACAACUGAAGAUGAUCAGAAUGUAGAUCCUUCUCAAGUGACAUUUGAUUCAGGUGUUUUCAGUCCAUUGAAAUUGGGCACAGAAACACACCCAAGUCCACAUAUAAUUGACUCAGAAAAGAAAACUGAUGAAGAUGUAGCCUUUGAGGAGGAGGAGGAGGAGGAGGAGCUCGUUGCUUCAGCUACGAAGGCAGAGAACAGAGUAAAUGAUAUUUUGGAUGAAUUUCUCUCUGGCAAUUGUGAAGAUCUAGAAGGUGAUCGAGCUAUCAACAUAUUACAGGAGCGCUUGCAGAUUAAACCCCUUACUUUAGAGAAAUUAUGCCUUCCAGAUUUAGAAGCCAUUCCAACAAUGAAUUUGAAAUCUACAAGAGGCAAUCUGUCAAAGCGUAGUUUGAUCAGUGUGGACAAUCAGUUACAAAAGACAGAAACCUUGAAAUCUAAGGAGGACAAUGAAAAUUUGGUUAAUCUUGUUUCUACACCAUCAUCAAUGAGAAGUCCAUUGGCAUCAUUAUCAGCCCUAAAUAGACGAAUUUCACUUUCAAAUUCAUCAGGUGAUUCAUUUUCAGCUCAUGGCAUCGACCGAUCUCCAGCAAGAGAUCCUUACCUUUUUGAACUCGGUAAUCACUUAUCUGAUGCAGUUGGUAUUACAGAGCAUUCAAGCGUUUCUAAGUUGAAGCCACUUUUAACCAGAGAUGGUGGGACUAUAGCAAAUGGAAUUCAACCAUCCAAAAUUCUUUCUGGAGACGAUUCCAUGUCUAAAAUAUCUUCAAGUAAUAUUUUAAAUGUACUCCAAGUUGGUAGCAAUACUGCUUUAAGUGGAACUUAUGCCAGCACAGAUGCUAAAAAUGUUAGUGGGAGCAGCACAGACGUGGAAAUAAAUGAGAAAUUAAGUUGUCUUGAAGCCCAAGCAGAUGUGGUGGCUAAUAUGCAGAUAGAUCACCAAGGAUCAGCUUCUGAGCAACCAAAAUUAUCUGAGGUGGAUCUUAUUGAAGAGUACCCGGUUGGCAUUCGGAGUCAGUUGGAUCAAUCAGCUGCUACUUGUACUGAAAAUAUUGUUGAUGGGUCGUCUAGAAGCAGUGGAACAGAACACCACGAUGAGAUGGAAGAUCACGAAGGAUCAGCUUCUGAGCAACCAAACUCAUCUAAGGUGGAUAUGAUUAAAGAGUACCCAGUCGGCAUUCAGAUUCAGUUGGAUCAAUCAACUACUACUACUACUUGUGCUGAAAAAAUUGUCGAUGGGACAUCUAGAAGCAGUGGAACGGAUCACCAUGAUGAGGAACAGGUCAAGCCAAAAUCUCGUGCAAACAAACAACGUAAAGGCAAAAAGAUUUCUGGGAGGCAAAGCCUUGCAGGUGCUGGUACAACGUGGAAAAGUGGGGUGAGAAGAAGUACCAGGUUCAAAAUACGACCCUUGGAGUACUGGAAAGGUGAAAGGAUGUUGUACGGACGUGUACAUGAGAGCCUAGCGACAGUAAUCGGGUUGAAGUAUGUGUCUCCAGAAAAAGGAAAUGGCAAACCAACCAUGAAGGUGAAAUCUCUAGUCUCCAAUGAGUACAAAGAUCUCGUCGACUUAGCAGCCCUUCACUGAGAGUCGUCUACUAAAAGGGAACAAAAAGCCUUGAAGUUUCUUAGAUUUUGCAUGUAUAACAACAACAAGCAAUUCUCUUUGAAUAGAAACAACACAUCCAGUCUCCGUGUAAAGACUGUAGAGGAGAAUUAAGCUUAUGCCAUUGCAGUGUAUAUUUCUAAACCUUUCUCUAUCAUAUAUAUAUCUAUCAAGCUGUGUCGCUUGUGUAUUUGAGCUCAUGUACUUGUCAUAUAAUUUCAUAUUUUACCCAGAUAUCUAGCUUUGUGUA